CCAUCUCUAGCAAACGACGCCAAAACAAAAAAGUGUUUUUUGCACUUUGGAAAGAUAUUUCUCUGUUUAGCUAUGUACAACGUGGACUGCAUUCCCAUCAAGGACAUCAAACCGGGCCUGAAAAACAUCAAUGUGAUCUUUAUCGUCCUGGAGGUGGGCGUGGCCACCGUGACGAAAGAAAACCGUGAGGUGCGGAAUUUUAAGGUUGGUGAUCCGACGGCCUGCAUAAAUGUCUCAAUUUGGGACGAACCGGGAAAGCUAAUAGCUCCCGGUGACAUUGUCAGACUGACUAAGGGGUACGCCUCCAUUUGGCGGCACUGCUUGACCCUGUAUUCCGGCAAGAACGGCGAGGUCUGUAAGAUCGGUGAAUUCUGCAUGAUCUUCAACGAGGCAGUAAACAUGAGUGAGCCCAAGCGGGCGGAGCAGCCGGCAGUGGCCAAUCCCGGCGGCUUGGUGACCGCUGCGCCCUCGGGACUUCCUGCUGGGGUUGGUGCCCAAGGUCUGCCGGCGAAGGGAGGUGCUGCUGGAAUCCCACAAACUGCUGUGUCCACCGCACCAGGCACUUCCGCUUCUCAGAGCCCCGUGACCAGUGCUUCUGCUCCUGCACCCAGCAGUGCUCCACAGACGACGGCGAAACAGGGCACUCGAGGGGGACGCGGCGGCGGAGGACGAGGUGGCCUCAAGGGAGACAGGCGGUAAAAAACUGAAUUCAUGGAUUAAGAUAUGGAACUAAGCGAACAAGUAUCAAACUCUAACAUUAAUGUAUAGCUUAAACAGAUUUGUUUACACAUCAACUUAUGUCGGAAUCAGAGUUGGUGUGUAAUUUUAAAAUUUUUCCAAUCCAAUUUAGCUAUACAUUUUUAGAAGUUUUUAUGUAUUAACUGCCACAGAAUUUGUUUUUAAGUUUAAAUGUAUUUUGAAAUUAACAUUGUUUUAAACACCCUUUUUUCUGGGCAUACUUUAAACAAAUCUGUUGGAAAAAGGUUAAUGUUGUUAAUAAAUAUUUCAGUUUCAAAA